GUGACACAGAGAGAGAGUUUUUAAGCAAAAGCAAAAGAGGAAAGCAGCUAUCCCGUAGAGGGUACAAAAAGGCGGUUUUCGACAAGCAACAACCUGCACAACGAGAGAGAAAUGAAGAACGUUGAAACCAAGGAAGGUGGUGUAUCGAUUGAUGGAAACGAUGCAGAAGAAAAACGGGCUGUCGCCUUGUUUUUGGCAAGAGAAGAAGAGAUCGAGAAGAAGAAGAUGCAAGUCAGGGAAAAGGUCAAGUUUCAGCUAGGCCGCGCAGAAGAAGAAACUAGACGCCUGGCUCGAGUUUGGGAAGAGCUCGAGAUUUUAACAGAUCCCAUGAGGAAAGAAGUUGCAACGGUACGAAAGAAGAUAGAUACGGCUAACCGUGAGGUGAGAUCACUGGGACAAAGUUGCCAGAAGAAGGAGAAAGAGUAUAGAGAAGCAAUGGAGGCAUUCCAUCAGAAGAAUAACGAAAAGAAUCAACUAACAAUCACUCUAGUCGAGUUGGUGAAAGAAAGUGAGAAAGGCAGGAUGAAGAAACUAGAGGAGCUCAGCAAGAUCAUGGAUUCUUGAGGCUGACUGAGGAUAUUGACUUGUGUGUAGUUUCUUGCAUGAUUUUAAUUAUGGUUUUGGUGAGACCUGAAGUUUUAAGUUUGAAUCUCAUCAUGCUUUAAAAAAUGAAUUGUUUGAUGUAUAGGCCAAAACAAUAGCUCUUUUGGGGUGUGGGUUUUUUAUUAUCUCCAUUUCUUUAUCAUUGUAAGCACCAACUUGAUAUUGGAUCGGUUCUCAACGUUCUUC